CAUUAAGAAAAAUCAAUUAUAACGUUUCUCGUAGCUUUGAAAGACAAGCAGGGGAGAGAGGAACAGAAGAACUGAAGACACGUUCACCACAAAGACGCACAUCUGCAUUACAGGAUGCCCGGGAAAGGAGGGAGAUUUCUCUCGGUGGCCAUGAUAGCUUUGUCUCUUGUAUCAGCUGUGGCUGAUGUCGGCUCUCCAGAAAUGUCAAAGUUCUGCAACAGACCAGGAUUCCCAGGAAUUCCAGGGAUCCGAGGGCCGCCUGGUCCAGUUGGAGCACGAGGACUCCCUGGCUUUCUAGGCCUACCAGGCUUUCCAGGGGCUCCAGGAGACAUCACAAAGUGUUCUUCACCCAAACCUGCCUUUGCAGUGAAGUUCAGAGAUCUCCUCCCAGGCCCCUCCCAGCCCAUCAUCUUCAAGGAAGUGCUGCUUAACCAUCAGGACCACUUCAACCUCACCACGGGAGUGUUCACCUGCACCCACGCUGGCGUGUAUCACUUUGGCUUUGACAUUGACUUGUUUCGGCAAGUUGUAAAGUUAGGGCUCAUGAAAAAUGGUAUCGAAGUCCUUGAGAAGGAAGCCAGGGCUGAGGACAACAAUGGGCAUGUUUCUGGAAGUGUCAUCUUGAAGCUGUUAGUAGGAGACAGGAUCUGGUUGGAAUCCAAGCUAGACACUACAGAUACUGAGAAAGGAUUGAUUCAAAGUGUGUUCUUUGGGUAUUUGCUCUAUGAAAAUGAGGAGUAAGAGCACACUUAGAUUGCUCCAGUAGAUAGAAAUUUCAGAACAACCCUCCACCCCAUCUUUCCCCCGAAGUCCAGUGAAUGGCUAUCAUUUGGAAGAGCCCGAUUUACCAAUGUGAAUGUACUCCUAAAAGCAGUAAAGAUGUAUAACCCAUCAACUGGUCAACCAUUUCUUAUUGAAAGUCAUCAAAUUUCCAGUAUUCUACUAUAAAGGGACUCAAAAGUGUUUGUGCAAAAGUGUGAUUAAAAGAUACUUGUUUUUGUUCAAAAAAGCUUUGAAAUUCACACGAGUUUUUCAUAAUAUGUAGUUCCAGAAAUUUAGAAGUCCUCUUGUGUAUCUUAGAAACUAUGGGGAGAUAAUACGCCAAGAAAUCCCAUCUGAGUGCAAACCCCACAUAAGAACGUGAAGCCACAUCACUUCUUUGCUAGAUCAUGGCUAAAACUUUCCUGAAGAGUAAAGGAAAAACUCUUGAUAAUAAUCUUCAACAAUUUCUUAUGUUCAAAUUUGGAUUAUAGUUAGAAAAUCAAAUAUCCCUUGGAGAUGUAGAAACUUUGCUUAAAGCCAUACUAAGUUUCGAAUACAUGUGUUCACAUGCAUAUUUUUGCACUGGGUACAUAACAUCUGUUUGAGCACAGUCUGAACAGGAAGAAGAAUAUGGUUUCGGGGAGCACUUGCUGUUGCUUACUCCUCCUCAGCUCCUCCUCUCUGGGUCCCAGACUUCGACCUCAUUCUUCCAUCUGGAGCAAAUCCAUUCCAUCUGUCUGCACCCACAACCAGCUUCUUCCUGAGAGCCAUCGUGUACCCACAAGCCCACUCCCAGUCUAGCUUAAUAAAACUUCGCCUCUUUUGUAACUCACAGAAAAGAUGCUUCCAAGCCCACCUGUUUGUCUGGUGUAUGCAAUUUCAAUGCCUCCUGUCUCCCACUGUACAGGUGACAGUGACCAUCUUACCGAGAUCUGUUUGUCAGAGUGUGCCCUACCCAGACUUGAAAUGGCCACUGAAGUAUGUGCUGAGUGGAGAACUUAGAUCUAUCCAAAAUAUGUCAGCAGGACAGAUAGAAGUUUAACACAUCUUAAAGUAGAAAGGAAAACAUCAGAACUUUUUAAUUUGACUGAGGUAGAAAAUGAGGAGGAAGAGUGUAGUCUACAAGCGAUUGAAUUGCUUGGUGAAGUUCAAUCAUUUUUACCUGCAGAAUCAAGUCCAUUUGUCCAUUAAACAAUUCAAUGAAUGUCGGGUUCUCUUGGGACCAAAGCACCAAUCUAUUUAAUAUUAUUGGUAAAACUCUUACUUUUUUACUUGUAUUAGUUCAAUAUAAAAACUAAAUACAAUGGGAUAACUUCAAGAUUUACACUCUGUAAUUUAGAAUACUAGAAAAAAUAAUACAAAGAAAGAGAGCUGGAAACAUUACAAUAGCUUUUAAAUGGAGUCAUGAAAUAUAUGAAACAAAACGGGUCAAGAAAAAUGGAACAGAGGAACAUAUAAUAAAUGAAAAAGAAAAAAAGCUAGCAAAAUGGCAGACUAAAUAAAUACAUAGAAAUAAUUACAUUAAAUGUAAGUAGAGCAAGCACUUAGAAGAUAUAUCAAGUUGGAUAUAAGAAAGAAAACACCAAAUAUCAGCUGCCUAGGAGAGAUACAUUGUAAACACAGCAACACAAAUAGUUUGAAAGUCAAAGAAUAGAUAAAAUAUAACAGGCAAGUAGUAGACACAACAAUAUGGUUUCAAAAUUAACUGCAAAUAAAACACAAUCAAAUUUUACUAGAUGCAAAGAUACCAAUUUUACUAGAUACAAAGCAUGGCCCAGCCAUGGUUGCUGUGGGCAUUUGGGGAAUGAACCAGUGCAUGGAAGAUCUCUCUCUCAUUCUCGCUCUUUGUCUUUGACUCUUUGCUUUUCAAUAAAAAAAGCUUUGAUUGUGCACAUUUACGGUAUAUAAUUUGGGGAUUUUAUAUACAUAUAGAUUGUGAAAUAAUCAUCACAAUCGAGUGAAUGAACAAAACUUUCACUUCAUGGGGUUACCAUGUCCCAGCCCCACCUCCUCCUCCCACUGAGGCAAGAAUGCUUAAGAUCUACCUUCUUAGCAAAAUAAAAUAUCAUUAACAAUAGCCAAUGCUGUUUGCUAGAUCUCUAGAACUUAUUCCUCUCACUUAACUCAAAGUUUGUACCCCCUCCCUUUAAAAAAAAAGAUCUAUUUGAGACAGAGGAGGCAAGAUGGCGGAAUAGGAAGGGAGUGUGGGGAGCAACCUGGACUAGACUAAGUUACUGGAAUUAAGACUUAUUCUGUGCAUCUGCUCUCCCACAAUAUGGCGCUGGGAGAGGAGAAAACAGCUUCUACGCAGCUGCCUCCAGUUCAACCAAUAAACUGUAGGACUUGCUUCUGAUUGGAGGAGAGCAGCGUACUCGGCGUGUGGGCAGCUGAGUUGGGAUUGGUGGAAGAGGACUAUAAAGGAGGAGAGAGACGGCAUGCACCAGGAACAUCUAAGGGGAACAUCUAAGGGGAACACCUGUGCAGCCCCCAAGAGAGCCGGCCGGCGGUGUGCCGCUCCCCUGCGGAAGUGGGGAAUGUGGCAGGGGGAACCGCCCUUCCACGGAGGUGGAAGGGACAGUAGCCAACCCGGGAAGAACCAGCAGCAAACCCGGGGAGGGCCGAGCAGACGAAAGAACAGCGCAGGGUCCUGUGUCGUUCCUCCACGAAGAGGGGGAGCGACAUAAUGGUGCCGUGACUCGGAUAUGAAGCCUAGGCAGGGUUUAGUGUUGCUCCUCCAUGAACAGGGGGAGUGACAGGGAGCACACUCAUAGUCCGGGGAGAGACAGUUUAAUAAAAGUGGAGAUACUGCAGAUUCAAGGAAGAGUAGGGGAGGAAACAGCAGAAGAAACUCUUCUGGAAUGCGUGAUUCACAGUGGACCUGCGUGGAGAGCAUGGGAGCCCACAGAUCGGGACACCAGUGGCAGACUCAACACACCAGCGCUGGAACGCGAGGUGAGCCGAACCUCAAUAGCCCGAGACACCGGCAGGCAACCAGAGAGAGGAGACUAGAGGGAACGACCCCCGGGGGGGGGGGGAGUUCACCAGGCUAACUGGAAGAGAGAGAGAGAGAGAAAAAAAAGGUGACUGGUACGGACACGGGUUUCUCUCUUUCCGCUCACCUCUCAAGGGCGAGCAAGACAAAGAGCAGGCGCCAUCUUGGACAUACGUCAUAAGCAGAGUGACCUCAGGUCUGCACCGGCCCUGAGCCUAGCAGAAAAACCUGACUCUGGGCGGGGCGAAUUAACAGGAGAUUAGGACCUAGUAAAUUUGUGGUGCUACUGAACUAGACUGUGAAAAAAGAGAUGGUGGGGGAGAGAACUCACGGAAUUCACGUGAGUACUCUCCAGAGACGCUACAAUUCCGUAACUUUGGCAACCCAGUGGGAGACUGAAGGAGAAUCUGAGCCCACCCUGAGGGCAGAACAGAUUCCCUGUGUGGUCCUUGGGAAAGAGCUUCCAAUCUCUGGCUCCUGUGGGUGUAUCAUUUGCCUGCUAACUACCUCCAACUUCAUUCAGCUGUGUGGAAUUACUUCCGUUUUGAAUCAAAAAAAGAAACAAAGAGAGAGAGAGAGAGGUUUACCACGCCUAACCUGGGAGUGUCACCUUUGGCACACCAAACAGAGCUCUCAGGCCACACCCAUCUCAAGCCUCUAAGGCUCCAUCAAAAACAGACAGUCCACUUAAUCUAGAGUCAUAGUAUAACAAGAAAAAGCACCACAGUGAAGAAACCAAAUAUCUCCAAAAUGCCAAAUAACAAACGCAAAAACCGAGGUAAUAAAAACAAGGAAGUCACCAUGACGCCCCCAAAUGAAAAAGACACCCCAAUUCAAGAUUAUGAAGACGAUGAGUUAGAAGAAAUGCAAGAAGCAGAUCUCAAAAAAUUGAUAAGAACAUUAAGAAGUUCUCAAAAACAAAUUCUUGAACUACAGAAAUCCUUAAUGGACAAGAUAGAAAAUCUCUCUCGUGAAAAUGAAAUAUUAAGGAGGAAUCAAAAUGAAACGAAACAACUAGUACAACAGGAAACUGGGAUAGUGACGAGAAAUCAUAAUGAAGUGAAGAAUUCAAUAGAUCAAAUGAAAAACACAAUAGAGAGCCUUACAAACAGAAUGGGUGAAGCAGAAGAGAGAAUAUCGGACUUAGAAGACAGAGAACAGGAAAGGAUACAGUCAGACCAAAGAAAAGAAGAGGAAAUUAGAAAUCUAAAAAAGAUUGUCAGGAAUCUUCAGGAUACUAUUAAAAAAACCAACAUUCGGGUUCUAGGAGUUCCUGAAGGCAUGGAGAGGGAGAAAGGAUUGGAAGGCCUUUUUAGUGAGAUAUUAGCAGAAAAUUUCCCAGGUUUGGAGAAGGACAGAGAAACUCUAGUACAGGAAGCUCACAGAAUCCCUAAUAAACAUGACCAAAAGAGAUCCUCACCACGACACGUUGUAAUUAAACUCUCCACAGUGAAACAUAAAGAAAAGAUCCUAAAAUGUGCAACAGAGAAACGUCAGAUUACUCUCAGAGGAUCUCCAAUCAGACUCACAGCUGACUUCUCAUCAGAAACCCUACAAGCUAGGAGGGAAUGGCGAGAUAUAGCCCAGGUACUAAGAGAGAAAAACUGCCAGCCCAGAAUAUUAUAUCCUGCAAAGCUAUCAUUUGUGAAUGAAGGUGAAAUAAAGACUUUUCAUAGCAAACAGAAAUUGAAAGAAAUUGUCGCCACUCGUCCAGCCCUGCAAAAGAUGCUUAAAGAUGUGUUACACACAGAAACACAGAAACACGGUUAUCAAUAUGAAAGAAGGUAAAGGAAGGAAAGCUCACAGCAAAAGAUCACAGGGAAUUCAAAGCAUAUAUUAGAACUUAUCUUUGGCAAAUGGCAGGGCAAAGUUACCACUUAUCAUCAGUCACAUUGAACGUGAAUGGCCUGAACUGUCCAGUUAAAAGACACCGAUUGGCUGAUUGGGUUAAGGAACAAAAUCCAUCUAUUUGCUGCUUAAAAGAAACACAUCUUUCCAACAAAGAUCCAUACUGACUAAAAGUGAAAGGCUGGAAAAAGAUAUACCAUGCCAACAGAAAUGAAAAAAGAGCGGGCAUAGCCAUCUUAAUAUCAGACAACAUAAACUUUACCACAAAAACUGUUAAGAGAGACAAAGAGGGACACUAUAUAAUGAUUAAGGGAUCAAUACAACAAGAAGAUAUAACAAUUAUCAAUGUAUAUGCACCUAACUACAGGGCACCGGCUUAUCUAAAAGAUUUGUUAAGGGACUUAAAGGGAGACUUAGACCCCAAUGCAAUAGUACUGGGGGACUUCAAUACUCCACUCUCAGAAAUAGACAGAUCAACAGGACAGAAGAUGAAUAAGGAUACAGUAGAUUUAAACGAGACUAUAGACCAAAUGGAUCUAACAGAUAUAUACAGAACUUUCAAUCCUACAGCUAAAGAUUUUACAUUCUUCUCAGCAGUACAUGGAACCUUCUCUAGGAUUGACCACAUACUAGGCUAUAAAGCAAGUCUCAGCAAAUUCAAAAGAAUUAGAAUCAUACCAUGCAGCUUCUCAGACCAUAAAGAAAUGAAGUUGGAAAUUAGCAACUCAGGAAUCCCUAGAGCAUAUGCAAACACAUGGAGAUUGAACAACAUGCUCCUGAAUGAACAAUGGGUCAUAGAAGAAAUUAGAAGAGAAAUCAAAAACUUUCUGGAAGUAAAUGAGGAUAACAGCACAACAUACCAAACCUUAUGGGAUGCAGCAAAAGCAGUGUUAAGAGGAAAGUUUAGGCCAGCGCCACGGCUCACUAGGCUAAUCCUCCGCCUAGCGGCGCCAGCACACCGGGUUCUAGUCCCGGUCGGGGCACCGGAUUCUGUCCCGGUUGCCCCUCUUCCAGGCCAGCCCUCUGCUGUGGCCAGGGAGUGCAGUGGAGGAUGGCCCAGGUGCUUGGGCCCUGCACCCCAUGGGGAGACCAGGAAAAGCACCUGGCUCCUGGCUCCUGCCAUCGGAUCAGCGCGGUGCGCCGGCCGCAGCACGCCGGCCGCGGCUGCCAUUGGAGGGUGAACCAACGGCAAAAGGAAGACCUUUCUCUCUGUCUCUCUCUCUCUCACUAUCCACUCUGCCUGUCAAAAAAAAAAAAAAAAGAGGAAAGUUUAUAUCAAUAGGUGCCUACAUCAAGAAAUUGGAAAGGCACCAAAUAGAUGAGCUUUCAACGCAUCUCAAGGAUCUAGAAAAACUGCAGCAAACCAGACCCAUAUCAAGUAGGAGAAGAGAAAUAAUUAAAAUCAAAGAAAUCAACAGGAUUGAAUCAAGAAAAACAUUCCAAAAAAUCAGCCAACCAAGGAGCUGGUUUUUUGAAAAAAUAAACAAAAUUGACACCCCAUUGGCCCAACUAACUAAAAAAAGAAGAGAAAAGACCCAAAUCAAUAAAAUCAGAGAUGAAAAAGGAAAUGUAACAACAGACACCACAGAAAUAAAAAAAAAUCAUCAGAAAUUACUACAAGGACUUGUAUGGCAGCAAACAGGGAAACCUAUCAGAAAUGGAUAGAUUCCUGGACACAUGCAACCUACCUAAAUUGAACCAGGAAGACAUAGAAAACCUAAACAGACCCAUAACUGAGACAGAAAUUGAAACAGUAAUAAAGGCCCUCCCAACAAAGAAAAGCCCAGGACCAGAUGGAUUCACUGCUGAAUUCUACCAGACAUUUAAAGAAGAACUAACUCCAAUUCUUCUCAAACUGUUCAGAACAAUCGAAGAAGAGGGAAUCCUCCCAAAUUCUUUCUAUGAAGCCAGCAUCACCUUAAUUCCUAAGCCGGAAAAAGAUGCAGCAUGGAAAGAGAAUUACAGACCAAUAUCCCUGAUGAACAUAGAUGCAAAAAUCCUCAAUAAAAUUCUCGCCAAUAGAAUGCAACGACACAUCAGAAAGAUCAUCCACCCAGACCAAGUGGGAUUUAUCCCUGGUAUGCAGGGAUGGUUUAAUGUGUGAAAGACAAUCAAUGUGAUACACCACAUUAACAGACUGCAGAAGAAAAACCAUAUGAUUAUCUCAAUAGACGCCAAGAAAGCAUUUGAUAAACUACAACACCCGUUCAUUAUGAAAACUCUAAGCAAACUGGGUUUGGAAGGAACAUUCCUCAAUACAAUCAAAGCAAUCUAUGAAAAACCCACAGCCAACAUCCUAUUGAAUGGGGAAAAGUUGGAAGCAUUUCCACUGAGAUCUGGUACCAGACAGGGAUGCCCACUCUCACCACUGCUAUUCAAUAUAGUUCUGGAAGUUUUAGCCAGAGCUAUUAGGCAAGAAAAAGAAAUUAAAGGGAUACAAAUUGGGAAGGAAGAACUCAAACUAUCCCUCUUUGCAGAUGAUACGAUUCUUUAUUUAGGGGACCCAAAGAACUCUACUAAGAGACUAUUGGAACUCAUAGAAGAUUUUGGCAAAGUAGCAGGGUAUAAAAUCAAUGCACAAAAAUCAACAGCCUUUGUAUACACAGACAAUGCCAUGGCUGAGGAAGAACUGCUAAGAUCAAUCCCAUUCACAAUAGCUACAAAAACAAUCAAAUACCUUGGAAUAAACUUAACCAAGGACGUUAAAGAUCUCUACGAUGAAAAUUACAAAACCUUAAAGAAAGAAAUAGAAGAGGAUACCAAGAAAUGGAAAAAUCUUCCAUGCUCAUGGAUUGGAAGAAUCAAUAUCAUCAAAAUGUCCAUUCUCCCAAAAGCAAUUUAUACAUUCAAUGCAAUAUCAAUCAAGAUACCGAAGACCUUCCUCUCAGAUCUAGAAAAAAUGCUGCUGAAAUUUAUAUGGAGAUACAGGAGACCUCGAAUAGCUAAAGCAAUCUUGUACAACAAAAACAAAUCCAGAGGCAUCACAAUACCAGAUAUCAGGACAUACUACAGGGCAGUUGUAAUCAAAACAGCAUGGUACUGGUACAGAAACAGAUGGAUAGACCAAUGGAACAGAAUAGAAACACCAGAAAUCAAUCCAAACAUCUACAGCCAACUCAUAUUUGAUCAAGGGUCCAAAACCAAUCCCUGGAGUAAGGACAGUCUAUUCAAUAAAUGGUGCUGGGAAAAUUGGAUUUCCACGUGCAGAACCAUGAAGCAAGACCCCUACCUUUCACCUUACACAAAAAUCCACUCAACAUGGAUUAAAGACUUAAAUCUAUGACCUGACACCAUCAAAUUAUUAGAGAGCAUUGGAAAAACCCUGCAAGAUAUAGGUACCGGCAAUGACUUCUUGGAAAAGACCCCGGAAGCACAGGCAGUCAAAGCCAAAAUUAACAUUUGGGAUUGCAUCAAAUUGAGAAGUUUCUGUACUGCAAAAGAAACAGUCAGGAAAGUGAAGAGACAACCGACAGAAUGGGAAAAUAUAUUUGCAAACUAUGUAACAGAUAAAGGGUUGAUCUACAAAGAAAUCAAGAAACUCCACAACAUCAAAACAAACAACCCACUUAAGAGAUGGGCCAAAGACCUCAAUAGACAUUUUUCAAAAGAGGAAAUCCAAAUGGCCAACAGACACAUGAAAAAAUGUUCAAGAUCACUAGCAAUCAGGGAAAUGCAAAUCAAAACCACAAUGAGGUUUCACCUCACCCCAGUUAGAAUGGCUCACAUGCAGAAAUCUACCAACAAUAGAUGCUGGAGAGGAUGUGGGGAAAUGGGACACUAACCCACUGUUGGUGGGAAUGCAAACUGGUUAAGCCACUAUGGAAGUCAGUUUGGAGAUUCCUCAGAAACCUGAAUAUAACCCUACCAUUCAACCCAGCCAUCCCACUCCCUGGAAUUUACCCAAAGGAAAUUAAAUUGGCAAACAAAAAAGCAGUCUGCACCUUAAUGUUUAUUGCAGCUCAAUUCACCAUAGCUAAGACCUGGAACCAACCCAAAUGCCCAUCAACAGUAGACUGGAUAAAGAAAUUAUGGGACAUGUACUCUAUAGAAUACUAUAUAGCAGUCAAAAACAACGAAACCCAGUCAUUUGCAACACGAUGGAGGAAUUUGGAAAACAUCAUGCUGAGUGAAUUAAGCCAGUCCCAAAGGGACAAAUAUCAUGUUCUCCCUGAUUGGCGACAACUAACUGAGCACCAAAGGGGAAACUUGUUGAAGUGAAAUGGACACUAUGGGGCCGGCGCCGCGGCUCAAUAGGCUAAUCCUCCGCCUAGCGGCGCCAGCACACCGGGUUCUAGUCCCGGUUGGGGCGCCGGAUUCUGUCCCGGUUGCCCCUCUUCCAGGCCAGCUCUCUGCUGUGGCCAGGGAGUGCAGUGGAGGAUGGCCCAGGUGCUUGGGCCCUGCACCCCAUGGGAGACCAGGAAAAGCACCUGGCUCCUGGCUCCUGCCAUCGGAUCAGCGCGGUGUGCCGGCCGCAGCGCGCUGGCCGCGGCGGCCAUUGGAGGGUGAACCAACGGCAAAGGAAGACCUUUCUCUCUGUCUCUCUCUCUCACUGUCCACUCUGCCUGUCAAAAAAAAAUAAAAAAUAAAAAAAAAAUUUAAAAAAAAAUGGACACUAUGAGAAACAGUGACUUGAUCAGCUCUUGUCCUGACGGUUGAUGUACAAUGUAAUACUUUAUCCAUUUUAGUAUUUUUUUUGUUCUAGUACUAUUGGUUGAACUCUGUAAUUAACACACAAUUAUUCUUAGGUGUUUAAAUUUUAACUGAAAAGUGAUCCCUGUUAGGAAUUUGGAAAACAUUAUGUUGAGUGAAAUAAGCCAAUCCCAAAGGGACAAAUACCACUUGUUCUCCUUGAUAGGUGACAACUAACUGAGCACCAAAAAGGAAACCUGUUAAAGUGAAAUGAACAGUAUGAGAUACGGUGACUUGAUCAGCCCUCACCCUGACUGUUGAUGAGCAGCUUAAUAUGUUAUCCCUCUUAGUAUUUUUUUGUUUGUUCUACUUAAUACUUUUGGUUGAAUACUGUAAUCAAUACACAAUUCUUCUUAAGUGCUGAAACUUACCUGAAAAGUGAUCGCUGUUAAAUAUAAGAGUGGGAAUAAGAGAGGGAAGAGAUAUGCAAUUCGGGACAUGCUCAAGCUGACUUAGCUCAAACAGUAGAGUUAGAAACAUACCAGGGGAUUCCAAUUCAAUCCCAUCGAGGUGGCAUGUACCAAUGCCAUCUCACUAGUCCCAGUGAUCAAUUUCUGUUCACAACUGAUCGUAAUGAUAGGACUAAGAACCAAAGGGAUCACAUAAACAAGAAUAGUGUCUGCAAAUACUAGCUGAUAGAAUCAAAAAGGGAGAGAAUGAUCCAACAUGGGAAGUGAGAUACACAGCAGACCCAUAGAAUGGCAAAUGUCCUAACAGCACUCAGCCUCAUGAUCAGCCCUUAAGGCAUGUGCAUCAGGCUGAAAUGCCCAUGAGAGUAUUUCAGGCAUGGAAAGCCAAGACACUCUGGGGGAAAAAAAAACCUAAAUGAAAGAUCUCCACGAGUGAGAUCCCAGUGGAAAGAAUGGGUCAUCAAAGAAGGAGGUACCUUUCUCUGAAGGGAGGAGAGAACUUCCACUUUGACCAUGGCCUUGUCUAAAAAUGAUCAGAGUCAGUGAACUCAGGGGGCUUCCAUAGCCUUGGCAGCUCAUGACAAGAGCUUAGGGUGAUUACUGAGGCCAUAAACAAGAGUGUCAAUUUGUUAAGGCAACAACAGGAGUCACUGUGCACUUAUUCCUCAUGUAGGAUCUUUGUCCUUAGUGUGCUGUACAUUGAGAUUUAAUGCUAUAACUAGUACUCAAACAGUAUUUUUCACUUUAUGUUUCUGUGUGGGAGCAAACUGUUGAAAUUCUUUACUUAAUGUAUGCUAAACUGAUCUUCUGUAUAUAAAGAGAAUCGAAAAUGAAUCUUGAUGUGAAUGGAAGGGGAGAGGGAGUGGGAAAGGGGAGGGUUGCGGGUUGUUGGGACGUUAUGGGGGGGAAGCCAUUGUAAUCAAUAUUCUGUACUUUGGAAAUUUAUAUUCAUUAAAUAAAAGUUAAAAAAAUGAAAAAAAGAUCUAUUUAUUUGAAAUGGAGUCAGAGUGCAUGUGUGUGUGUGUGUGUGAGAGAGAGAGAGAGAGAGAGAGAGAGAGAGGCAGGCUGAUCUUCCAUCUGUUGGUGUAUUCCCCAGAUGGCCACAACAGCCAGAGCUGAGCCAGGGUGAAGCCAAAGUCAGAACUAAAUCUGGGUCUCCGACAUGGGUUGCAGGAAUUCAAGUAUUUAAUCUAUUAUCUGCUGCCUUCCCAGGCAUAUUCACAAGGUGCUUGAUUGGAAGAAGGGAAGGCAGGACUUGGACUGCCACUCCAAUAUGGGAUGUGGGCACCCCAAGUGGAGGCUUAACCUGCUGUGCCACAAUGCCCACCCCAGAAACUCUGUACCCCAUUCAUCACAUCUUUCCAUUUUUCCUCCUCUAGCCCCUCACAGCCACCAUUCCACUCUGUUUCUAUUAGUUUGACUAUUUUAGAUUCCACAUACAAGGAGAUCAUAAAGUAUUUGUCAUUCUGCAAUGGUCGAUUCACAUAGCAUAAUGUGUCAUCCAUGAUGCUGCAAAUUGCAAGAUUUCCUUCUGUGAUACAGCUAAAUAAUAUCCCAUUAUCUGUGUGCAUGUGUGUGUACAUGUAUAUGUAUGUAUGCAUAAAUGCAUAUAUAUGUAUGCAUGUGUGUGUGCAUGCAUGUGGGUGCUAAGGUUUGUUCUGAUCAACAUUUACAGAGGCUUCUACUCCCCAGUGUGGCAGUGUCAGGGGGUGAGGCUUUGUGGGAAAUGUUUCCUUUAUGGGGGGUGGCCUCGUGAAUGGGUGAGCUGCAUUGACUCUGGCCCCCUGUUCUCUCUUCCAUGUCAGUUCAUUUGCCUUCCACUAUUUGGCCACAUUAGGACACAGAAUGGGGCCCUCACCAGAUUUGAACUCUCAGCCUCUAGAACUGGAUAUAUAUGAAUAUGUGUAUAUAAUGUAGUAUUACAUUACACAUGUUUACUAUAAUAUUAAAAUAUUAUGCCAUAGUUUUGUUAAUUUCAUGUAUUUCAUAUAUACAGAUUUAGGAACACAGUGAUACUUCCCUACCCUCCCACCCUUCCUCCUCCUGCCUUUCCUAGUCUCUCUUAAUUUUUACAAUGAUCUACUUUAUAAUCAUAAGAUUAUAUGAUUUACUUCAUAAUCAUAUUUACUUUAUAAUCAUAAGGUCAACCCUACACUAAGUAAAGAGUUCAACAAAUAGUAAGAAGAAAAAAAAACACUGUUAAGGGUUGUAAGCAAUCAUUGAAGCUCAAAAUGUCAAUUUCAGUCUUAUACAUUACAUUUUUGGUACUCUUUUAGUUACCACGGAUCAGGGAAAACAUAAAGGAUUUGUCUUUUGGGGACUGGCUUAUUUCACUAAGUAUAAUGGUUUCCAGUUCCAUCCAUUUUGUUGCAAAAGACAGGAUUUCAUUUUUUUUUUUACAGCUGAGUCAUAUGCCAUGGUGCAUAUACACCAUAAUUUCUUUAUCCAGUGACCUGGUUAAUUUUUAAUCAGAAACAAAUUGAAGGGGGUUAGGGUUGACUGUUAACCUGGGGCACAUCUCCCUGAACCAGUGGUAGAGACCCAGAGCUAAGAACCAGGCUCAGAUUCAUGGUGGAAUCUGGUUUUUUACCCUGUGGGCUUUGCUCUCAAUAUCCCAUUGUCAAGGUUGCUCAGGUCUGGGGGAGGUUUAGAUUUUUACUUCCACCUUUCAGAUUUGUUGAGGGGAACCUAAGACCUGUGCUGGGAAAGGCAUUUGGCCUGGGUUUACAGAGCUGGCAAAGCUUAGAUGGAGGGUCCUCAGAAGGCUUCCUCUCCUCAUUUACUUCCCAUCCUCAAGUGCGCAGACACCCAGGGCAUGCAGUUCUUUCUUUCUAGCUUUUUCCUCCAAUAUCUUUCAAUUCCCUAGUCCAUGUCCUUGUACUGCCAAAGACAACACUCUAAUUUAUGUAUUCAAUUAAUGAACAGCUUUAGCCUAUUAAGUUGAGAUAGGGAACUAGCAUGAUGUUAUUCUGUGCCCCAGUUCAAAGGCAAAUUGUGGGGCCUCUUCUUCACAUACUCCAGGCCAGUGAGAGAAAAGAGCAGACACCAACUAUACCCAUGGUGGAGAUGGAUGUAGUCUGCUUUGGAAUGUAAAUAGAACAAUGUUGAUUCUUGUAAAAGGUCUACUUUAUGCAUGGUAAUCCAAGACACUGUGGCAAGAAAAAUGACCUAAAUGAAAGAUCUCUGUGAGUGAAAUCCCAGCGGAAAGAAUGGGCCAUCAAAGAAAGAGGUACCUUUCUCUGAAGGGAAGAGAGAACUUCCACUUUGAUUAUGGCCUUGUCUAAAUAAGGUUGGAGUUUGUGAACUCAAGAGGCUUCCAUAGCCUUGGCAACUCAUGACAAGAGCCUAGGGUAAUUACUGACAUCAUAAAUAAGAGUGUCGUUGUUAAAUCAACAACGGGAGUCACUAUGCACUUACUCCCCAUGUAGGACCUCUGCCCUCAAUGUGUUGUACUAUGAGAAUUAAUGGUAAAACUGCUACUCAAACAGUACUCUAUACUUUGUGUGUCUUUGUAGGUGCAGCCUGUUGAAAUCUUUACUUAGUUUAUACUAAGUUGAUCUUCUGUAUAUAAAGAUAAUUGAAAAUGAAUCAUGAUGAAGAAUGAGAUGGGAAAGGGAGUGGGAGAUGGGGUGGUUGCAGGUGGGAGGGAGGUUAUGGGAGGAAGAGAUGCUAUGAUCCAAAAGUUGUACUUUUAAAAUUUAUAUUUAUUAAAGUUUUUUUUAAAAAGGUCUACUUUAUGGAUAUGCUUGGGCUCAUUUUAAGUUUCUUUCAAUCUGCCCAGGCUACAGGUCUCUUCUGAAAAUCCAUUUAGGCAAACAGCCAGUAAUUAAAUAGGGCAUUUCUUUAACUGGCUUUUAGAAAAUCGACUUGUAGUGAGUUAGUCUGUCUCCAAUUUCUUUUUCACAUAGCUAACCUGUUUUAAGAGCACCUCUCUCUGAUGUCUUGAUAAAGGAGUGGACAUAGCUCCCCAAUGCCUACAAUGGUUGAGUAGAACACAAUUAGGAAGGGAAAUCUAAUUAAUUAACUGCUAUUACCCAUGGAAACUCACUGAAUAGGUACAAGCUAUUUUCUUCCUAUUUCUCAGUAUUCAUGCACUGACAAAAAGAAAUAGAAAUAUUUUGAUGAGGACACUCCAAAGUAUGUGGGGAGGGAACUGGGACAGCACUAAGUGCUGUAUUGCUCCAAGACUCUCAUGACAGUUUAAAUUCACCAGCUCCUAGGUCUCAAGUUGAUGAGGAAGUCUUAUCAUUUCCACAACCCUAGGUCUGCCUUGUCUUCUACCCCAAUAUUAACUGCUUUCAGGAUGGGAUACUUUUUUUUCUAAUUGUGGGCAUAUUUAAAUUUUUUUUAAAUUUAUUUGAAAGGCAGAAUGACAAAGAUUUUCCUUCUAUUGGUCCACUCCCCAAAUGCCUGCAACAGGUGAGGCUGGGCCAGCCAAAGCCAAGAGCCAGAAAGUCCAUCCAGGUCUCCUACAUGGGUGGCAGGGGCCCAAGUAUUUGAACCAUCACCUGCUGCCCCCAGGGUGGGCAUUAAGCUGGAAGCUCAAUCAGGAAGGAAGGUGGGACUUGAAAUCAGGCACUCUGAUAUGGGAUGCAGGUGUCCCAAGCAGUAACUUAAGCCUUUUCAUCACGAUGUCCACCCUUUAAGGACAACCCUACCACUAGUGUGGCGUUUCCUGAUAUCCCAAGAGCAUGGUCACAGACUGUGUCAUUAAACUGUUUCCAAAUCUGAAAUUUUUGUUCUUAAAUGAUACUUAUUGUUGGGUUUCCUUGUUCUCAACCCAGUCUCCUGUUAUGUUCUCCUCACCAACAUCAAAUAAAGAUAAAACUUGUCCUGUGGACUGAUCUCGGAUGAGAAUUCACAUAAACUAAGCUAUAGGGAAAAGACUACCUUUUUCUGAAAUGAUCCAGUUGUUCUAGUGUAGUAAUUUUCAUUAUAUAGGCCAAGUAUCCCUCAUUCAAAAUGCUUGGGACCAGAAGUGAUUUAAAGGUCAACAUUUUUCAGAUUUUGGGAUAUUUGAUGUGCAUGAGUUAUCAUGGAGAGGGGAUCUAAGACUCAGCAUUAAGUUCAUUAUGUUUCAUGUUAAUGAAGUCAUAUAUACAUAGCCUGAAGGUAAUCUUAAACUUUGUGUUAGACACCUUCAUUCUGACUGUGACUUGUUAUAUGAAGUCAGGUGUGAAAUUUUCCACCAGUGGCAUCAGAUAGACUUUAGUAAAUUUCAGACUUUGGAGAAUCUUGGAUUUCAGAUUUUUGGGUUAGGGAAGCUCGAACUAUUAUUCAUUUCCUCUCGGGUCAUAUAUUAUGCCAUGGAAAAACCCUGUUCCAGUUUGAAUACAAAUACUAGGAUGCUGUGUCACAAACUAUUCAACAUUCUCAAGAAUUUUUGCUACCUUAAUUAAUCAACUUCUAUCACUAUUUUAUUACAACCAUUUGGAUUCAAAGGGAGUAUAGCAUGUUGCUUAAUGCAAAAAGGAAUGUUUAACAGAAAGGGAAUAUCAAGAAGGAAAAAGUAACAGGGACUUAGCAAGAUCAAGGGACAGAAAGGGGAUCAAUGUUCCUGAAGCAGAGUCAGUGUGGUUGGCAGCAAUGGAAGUGGGAGUCAAGACAGCAUGGAUCUGGGGCAGGGGAGAGGAGCAGAGACAGACUGUGCUAGCACCAGUGGGCAGCUGGGAGGUCUUCUGAUGAUCAGUGAACAGGAUGAAAAGGCAGUGAAGCUUUAUAAGGAAAGUGUCAUGACUUGAAUUCUGCUUUAAAAGGAUUAUCAAGUUACAGUGAUGGACAUAGAUUUAGUGUUAAUAUGAAAACAAUGACACUCAAUUUGGGGCUAUUGACAAUAUUCCUUCCAGAAGUAAUGAUGGCUUACAUCAAACUGCUAACAAGAACAGCAAGAAAACAUUCAUAAAUAAACAACAUGUUACUGAAUGACCAAUGGGUCAUUGAAGAAAUUAAAAAGCAAAUAAAAAACUUUCUUGAAAUAAAUGAAAAUGAAAAUACAACAUAUUUUGCUGGAAUAUAACAAAAGCAAUAUUAAGAGGGAAGUUUAUAGCAUGACAUUCAAAAAGAAGAAUGUCUCAGAUUAAAGAUCUGAAGAUGUAUGUCAAAGACUUAGAAAAACAAGAACAAAUCAAAUUCAAAAGCAGCAGGAGGCAAGAAAUAAUAAGGAUCAGAGCAGAAAUAAAUGGAACUGAAACUAAAAAAUAUACUAAUGAUCAACAAGACAAAAAGUUGGUUUUUUGAGAAGAUAAACAAAAUAGAAAAACCUCUAGGCAAACUAACAAAUAAAAAAAGAGAGAAAGCCCAAAUAAAUAAAAUUAGAGAUGAAAAAGGAGACAUUACAAUAAACAGCAAUGAACAAUUUAGGACAUGCUCAAUUGGACUUGCCCCAAAUGGUGGAGUUAGAAUCGUGCCAGGGGAUUUCAAUUCAAUCCCAUCAAAGUGGCAUGUACCAAUGCCAUCUCACUAGUCCAAGUGAUCAAUUUCAGUUCACAGUUGAUCACACGGAUAGGUCUAAGAGUCAAAGGGAUCACACAAACAAGACUAGUGUCUGCUAAUACUAACUGAUAGAAUCAAAAAGGGAGAGAAUGAUCCAACAUGGGAAGCGGGAUACACAGCAGACUCAUAGAAUGGCAUAUGUCCUAAAUAACACUCUGGUCUCAGAAUCAGCCCUUAAGGCAUUUGGAUAUGGCUGAAGAGCCCAUGAGAGUAUUUGAGGCAUGGAAAGCCAAAACACUCUGGCAAAAAAAAAAAAAAAACCUAAAUGAAAGAUCUCUGCGAGUGAGAUCCCAGUAGAAUGAAUGGGGCCAUCAAAGAAGGAGGUACUUUUCUCUGAAGGGAGGAGAGAACUUCCACUUUGACUAUGACCCUGUCAGAGUAAGAUCGAAGUUGGUGAACCCAAAAGGUUUCCAUAGCCUUGGCAACUCAUGACUAGAACCUAGGGAGAUUACUGACGCCAUAAACAAGAAUGUCAAAUUGUUAAGUCAACAACAGGAGUCACUGUGUACUUACUUCUCAUGUGGGAUCUGUCCUUAAUGUGUUGUCCAAUGUGAAGUAAUGGUAUAACUAGUACUGAAACAGUAUUUUACACUUUAUGUUCUGUGUGAGUGCAAACUGAUGAAAUCUUUACUUAAUAUAUACUAAAUCGAUCUUCUGUAUAUAAAGAUAAUUGAAAAUGAAUCUUGAUGUGAAUGGAAUGGGAGAGGGAGCGGGAGAUGGGAGGGGUGCAAGUGGGAGGGAAGUUAUUGGGGGGGGAGCCAUUGCAAUCCAUAAACUAUACUUUGGAAAUUUAUAUUUACUAAAUAAAAGUUAAAAAAAAACAAUAAACACCAAUGAAAUAAAUGUAUUAUAAUGCGCUACUAUAUAAAAGCUAAAAGUUAAAAAAAAUUUAAAAAAAAAAAGAGUGUCAAUUUGUUAAGUCAACAACAGGAGUCACUGUGCACUUACUCCUCAUGUAGGAUCUUUGUCCUUAGUGUGCUGUACAUUGAGAUUUAAUGCUAUAACUAGUACUCAAACAGUAUUUUUCACUUUGUGUUUCUAUGUGGGUGCAAACUGUUGAAAUCUUUACUUAAUGUAUGCUAAACUGAUCUUCUGUAUAUAAAGAGAAUUGAAAAUGAAUCUUGAUGUGAAUGGAAGGGGAGAGGGAGUGGAUAAGGGGAGGGUUGCGGGUAGG